UGCCGUCGGCGUAUCAAGUAUUGACUAAGCCCAAGUUCUUCCUCGACUCUCUCUAAGCUUUCAUCUAGAAACUGUCCAACAAUGGCUUCCUCUACCCAAAAACCCUCUUCUUCUUCUACCUCAGUCCGUAAAUAUGAGUUCGAAGUGUUCUUGAGUUUUAGAAGUGAAGACACCCGCAACAAUUUUACGGAUCAUUUAUUCGUAAAUUUGGAUGGGAUGGGGAUUAAGACUUUCAGAGACGAUCAACUUGAAAGAGGAGAAGAGAUCAAAUCAGAACUUUUGAAAACUAUUGAAGAAUCAAGAAUUUCCAUAGUUGUGUUUUCAAAAAACUAUGCUCAUUCCAAGUGGUGUUUGGAUGAGUUAGCAAAGAUCAUGGAGUGCAGGGAAGAAAUGGAACAAAUAGUCUUUCCGGUGUUCUACCACGUGGAUCCUUGUGAUGUGCAAAAGCAAACAGGGAGCUUCGGAGAGGCAUUUUCCAUUCAUGAAAGAAAUGUAGAUGUGAAAAAGGUGCAAAGGUGGAGGGAUUCCUUGACUGAAGCAAGCAAUCUAAGUGGUUUCCAUGUGAAUGAUGGGUAUGAGUCAAAGCAUAUUAAGGAAAUUGUUAACCUGAUUUUUAAAAGAUCAAUGAAUUCUAAGCUUUUGCACAUUAACGAGGAUAUAGUUGGGAUGGAUUUUCGCCUAAAAGAACUAAAGUCAUUGUUAAGUAGUGACUUGAAUGACAUUCGUGUGGUUGGGAUAUAUGGAAUUGGUGGAAUUGGUAAAACUACCAUUGCCAAGAUUGUUUAUAAUGAGAUCCAAUAUCAAUUCACUGGUGCUAGCUUUCUUCAAGAUGUCAGAGAGACAUUCAACAAGGGUUGUCAACUUCAACUACAACAACAACUUCUUCAUGAUAUAGUGGGGAAUGAUGAAAAGUUUAGCAAUAUCAAUAAAGGAAUCAAUAUAAUAAAGGACAGACUUGGCUCAAAAAAGGUUCUUAUUGUAAUUGAUGAUGUGGAUCGAUUGCAGCAAUUAGAGUCAGUGGCUGGAAGUCCUAAAUGGUUUGGUCCAGGAAGUACAAUUAUCAUUACAACUAGAGACCAACAUCUGUUGGUUGAGUAUGGAGUGACUAUAUCACAUAAGGCUACAGAAUUACAUUAUGAGGAAGCUCUUCAACUCUUCAGCCAACAUGCCUUUAAACAAAAUGUUCCUAAAGAAGAUUAUGUAGACCUCUCAAAUUGCAUGGUACAAUAUGCUCAAGGUCUCCCUUUGGCCCUUAAAGUUCUAGGUUCUUCUCUUCAGGGCAUGACAAUAGAUGAAUGGAAAAGCGCAUCGGAUAAAUCAAAAAAAAACCCUAUGAAGGAAAUUAAUGAUGUGCUUAGAAUAAGUUUUGAUGGGCUUGAUCCUUCUCAAAAGGAGGUUUUCCUGGACAUUGCGUGUUUUUUCAAAGGUGAAUGCAAAGAUUUUGUGUCAAGAAUAUUAGAUGGUUGCAAUUUAUUUGCAACAUGCAACAUAAGAGUUCUUCGUGAUAGAUGUCUAGUAACUAUCUUAGACAACGUCAUACAAAUGCAUGACUUGAUACAAGAAAUGGGUUGGGCAAUUGUUCGUGAAGAAUGUCCUGGAGACCCCUGCAAAUGGAGUAGAUUGUGGGAUGUAGAUGAUAUUUAUGAUGCAUUUUCUAAACAAGAGGAGAUGCAAAAUAUUCAAACCAUAUCUUUGGACUUGUCUAGAUCAAGAGAAAUACAGUUCAAUACAAAAGUGUUUCCCAAGAUGAAGAAACUUAGGUUGCUUAAAAUCUAUUGCAAUGAUCAUGAUGGUUUGCCGAGAGAAGAGUAUAAAGUGCUUCUUCCAAAAGACUUUGAAUUUCCUCAUGAUUUGAGAUAUCUUCAUUGGCAAAGAUGCACUUUGACGUCUUUACCUUGGAACUUUUAUGGAAAGCACCUUCUUGAAAUCAACUUGAAGUCUAGCAACAUAAAACAACUUUGGAAAGGGAAUAAGCGUCUUAAAGAAUUAAAGGGCAUUGAUCUAAGUAACUCAAAACAAUUGGUCAAAAUGCCAAAAUUCUCAAGCAUGCCAAAUUUGGAGAGACUGAAUCUUGAAGGUUGUACAAGGUUGCGUGAACUUCAUUCAUCUAUUGGCGAUCUCAAAAGUUUGACUUACUUGAAUUUAGGAGGAUGUGAACAGCUCCGAAGUUUCCCAUCCAGCAUGAAGUUUGAAUCUCUUGAAGUUCUUUAUCUUAAUUGUUGUCCAAACUUGAAGAAGUUUCCUGAGAUCCAUGGCAAUAUGGAAUGUUUGAAGGAGCUUUAUUUAAACAAGAGUGAGAUCCAAGAACUACCAAGUAGCAUUGUGUAUUAGCAUCUCUUGAAGUCCUUAAUCUCUCAUAUUGUUCAAACUUUGAGAAAUUUCCUGAGAUCCAUGGGAAUAUGAAAUUUUUGAGGGAGCUUUAUUU